AUGGAUGCACAUCCGGGAAGGUUAGCGGUGUUCCGCACUCGAGUCAGUGACUGGGCCGACGCAGGAGGCUGGCAGGAACUGUGCCCUCCGCACCGCACACUGACCCCCUAUCUAGGAGCUCUUUUCGGUGCUUCUGUGACUGACUGCGGCCCCUCUGUCCCCGUGUCACUCCCCAGGUGCCGGGAGGAUCUCAGGCGGGAUCAGCAGCAGCUCCUGGAGGGCAUCUCAGAGCUGGACAUCAAGACGGGGGGAGUCCCCUCGCAGCUGCUGGUGCACGGGACCCUGGCCUUCCCGCUGGGGCUCAACGCCUCCCUCGGCUGCUUCCUGGCGGCCGCCCGCUUCGGCCGGGGCCGGGUGGUCCUCGCCGCCCACGAGGGCAUGCUCUGUGCUCCCAAGCUGGGGCCCUUCUUGCUCAAUGCUGUGCGCUGGCUGGCCGGAGGCCAGACGGGCAAAUUCGGGGUGAACACAUGUCUGAAAAACCUGUGCACACUCCUGACGGAGCACGGCCUGCAGUGCAGUCUGCAGCCCCAUCUGACGCACGGCUUGCGUGUCUACUGCUGCGUGGCUUAUAGUGACAAGGAGGCCAAGCAGCUACAGGAGUUUGUGGCCGAGGGUGGGGGCCUGCUGAUCGGGGGCCAGGCCUGGUGGUGGGCCUCCCAGAACCCGGGCUGCUCCGCUUUGGCCGGUUUCCCGGGUAACGUCAUCCUCAACCCCUUUGGCCUCAGCAUCCUGGCUCAGACCCUGGACCCCGGCUGCUUCCCUGUCCCUACCCCUGAGAUGCGGAGCUACCACCUGCGCGAGGCGCUGUGCGAGUUCCAGGCCGUGCUGAGCCGCGGGGCUGGCAACUCGAAGAAGCACUGGCUGCCGAAGCUGGGGGCAGACAGUGCAGCCUUCCUCCAGAUUCCCGCCGAGGGGGUCCCGGCUUACGCGUCCUUGCACCGACUCCUGAGGAAGAUGCUGCGGCUGUCGGGCCUCCCAGCUGUGAGCCGGGAGCACCCGGUGGCGGGCAAUUCCUGCGAGGCGGCGGUGCUCCGCCUGGCCACGGAGCUGGCGUGCUCUGGGACUGACUGCUCCCAGCUGGUGCAGGGCUCUGAGAUGGGGGCCUGCGGCUCCCAUCUGUCCCUCUCUGAUCAGCCCAUCACCGUGAUGAUCGAAGGCAGCAACCCAGGCGACGGCGACUGCUGGGUGAGUACGGGGCUCUACCUCCCGCUCGGACAGAGCGCGGAAGUCUCGCUGCCCGAAGCUGCGGCCUCUGCCGGCCUGAAGGUGCAGGUUGGCUGCCAUACUGAUAACCUGACCAAGGCCAAAAAGCUGUCCCGGGCCCCCGUGGUGACUCACCAGUGCUGCAUGGACAGGACUACGCGGUCGGUCUCCUGCCUCUGGGGCGGCCUCCUCUAUGUCAUCGUGCCCAAAGGCAGCAAACUAGGCCCCAUACCUGUCACCAUCACGAGGGCUGUGCCCGCCCCAUACUACAAGCUGGGAACGACAUCUCUGGAGGAGUGGAAGAGCUGUGUCCGGGAGAGCCCGGCUCCCUGGGGAGAGCUUGCGACGGCUAAUAUCAUCUUGACGGUGCCCACGGCAGACCUGCGUGCCCUGGAGGACCCCGAGCCUGCGCUCCGCCUCUGGGACGAGAUGAUGCAGGCCAUAGCCCGGCUGGCAGCCCAGUCUUUCCCCUUCCGCCGUCCCGAGAGGAUUGUUGCCGACGUGCAGAUCUCCGCUGGCUGGAUGCACUCAGGGUACCCCAUCAUGUGCCACCUGGAGUCAGUGCAGGAGCUCAUCAACGAGGCAGACAUGAGGAGCAGGGGUCUGUGGGGACCCAUCCACGAGCUGGGUCACAACCAGCAGCGACAAGAGUGGGAGUUCCCCCCACACACCACUGAGGCCACCUGCAACCUCUGGUCAGUCUAUGUGCAUGAGAUGGUCCUGGGCAUCCCCAGGGCUCAGGCCCAUCCUGCUCUGAGCCCUCCAGAACGAGAGAAGAGAAUCAAAACACACCUCGGAAAGGGAGCCCCACUGCACGACUGGAACAUUUGGACGGCUCUGGAAACAUACCUACAGCUCCAGGAGGCCUUUGGGUGGGAGCCAUUCACCCAGCUCUUUUCUGAGUACCAGAUGCUCUCUGGCAUCCCCAAAGACAAGGCUGGCAAGAUGAAUCUGUGGGUGAAGAAGUUCUCGGAAAAGGUGCAGAAGAAUCUGGCUCCAUUCUUUGAGGCCUGGGGCUGGCCUGUCCAGAAGGAAGUGGCUAGCAGCCUGGCCUGUCUGCCUGAGUGGCAGGAAAAUCCCACGCGGGUGUACAUGCAUCCUCGGGUAUAAAGGAUGUGCAAGAAGGGGGGGUGCGGGGAGGAACAAUCACUCGCCAAGGCCACCACCCAUGUUUCCACCAGCUUAGCCUCUUGAGCCUAAGCCCCACUUCCAUCCCUGUCUUCAGGAAGCCAGUUAAGGUCAUAAGACAAAAUGACACCAACUUUCUCAGGAAAAUGCCCUCGUUACUAUUUCUCUGUUCAACUGGCUUGCGUCACCAUCCUCAUCCUCCGGCACAGGACUGUUCCUCUCACAUCUUGAGGUCCCGCAGGCUCUUGGCUCCUACUUUUGACCAACAGUCUAACGACUAUGGGUUACCAUAGUAAUCUGACAUCAUUCCCUCACCCCUGCCAGCCCUGAACAUGACUGUUAGUUUCUUACGCUUUGGGAUGUUUUCUAAUGGCAAGAGAGCCUGGAAGCUGCUAGGUUCUGUGGAAAAUCUCGUCAACUCUCUGAGCUUCUGUACUCCCAUCCAUGACUUAGGGAUAAAGUCUGCUGUUUGAUAAUGGUGAA